UGUAUAUAAACACCAAAAACCACGGGAACAUUACUACAAGAAGCAAACACCCGGGAACCAAACGCGUCUCGCUCCGUUCAAUCCAUCAGUUGACCACUAAAACUACUAUUCUUCAAAUUCCUUAUUUUUAUUUUUCUGUAAAUCGUACACAAUUCAAGUAAGUGUUUUCAAUUUUCUAUCAAAUCAAUCUAUAUUUUCUUAAUCAUAAUCUCAUCUUUUAAUUUCGCUUAAUUAGGUUUUCAUCCUUAAUCCCAUGAUCAUCUGAUUUAAUCAUUAUUAUACAUAAAAAAGAAUAAUAAAAAUAUAAUAAUGUAUAGUAAUUUUAAAGAACAAGCAAUAAUAUAUGUAAAACAAGCAGUAGAAGAAGACACAGCAGGGAAUUACCCAAAAGCUUUUUCACUAUAUAUGAAUGCCUUAGAAUAUUUUAAGACUCAUUUAAAAUACGAAAAAAACCCGAAACUUAAAGAAGCUAUUACACUUAAGUUUACUGAUUAUUUAAGAAGGGCUGAGGAAAUUCGGGCCGUUUUGGAAGACGGCGGUGGGGGAGGGGGUAGGCCGAAUAAUGGGGGUGAUACGGGUGUUGCUACUAGGCCGAAAAGUAAUAAAAAGAACGGCGGUGAGGAUGGAGAGGAUGCCGAACAGACUAAGUUGAGGUCCGGACUUAAUAGUGCGAUUAUUAGGGAGAAACCGAAUGUUAAAUGGAAUGACGUUGCCGGUUUGCAAAGUGCGAAGCAAGCGUUGCAGGAGGCGGUGAUUUUGCCUGUUAAGUUUCCGCAGUUUUUCGUUGGGAAGAGACGGCCAUGGAGAGCUUUUCUUUUAUAUGGACCACCUGGAACGGGAAAAUCUUACUUGGCUAAAGCUGUGGCAACUGAAGCCGACUCAACUUUCUUCAGUAUUUCUUCAUCGGAUUUGGUUUCUAAAUGGAUGGGAGAAAGUGAAAAGUUAGUCUCAAAUCUAUUCCAAAUGGCCCGAGAAAGUGCUCCUUCUAUUAUAUUCAUUGAUGAGAUAGACUCUUUGGUUGGCCAACGUGGUGAAGGCAAUGAGAGUGAAGCAUCUCGUCGUAUAAAAACCGAGCUUCUUGUCCAGAUGCAGGGUGUUGGCAAUGAUGAUAGGAAAGUUCUUGUUCUUGCAGCUACAAACACACCUUAUUCAUUAGAUCAGGCCAUUAGGCGAAGAUUCGACAAGCGGAUUUACAUCCCUCUACCAGACGUGAAGGCAAGGCAGCACAUGUUUAAGGUGCACCUUGGAGAUACGCCUCAUUGCCUAACUGAUCGUGACUUUGAGCAAUUAGCAUAUAAAACCGAAGGAUUUUCUGGUUCAGAUAUUGCUGUUUGUGUAAAUGAGGUCUUGUUUGAACCUGUACGUAAAACUCAAGAUGCUAUGCACUUCAUAAAAACAUCUGACGACACUUGGGUGCCUUGUGGACCUCGACAUCCGGGUGCUAUUGAGAUCAGUAUGCAGGAUUUAGCUACACAAGGGCAGGCAUCAAAGAUCAAUCCACCCCCGAUAUCAAGAACAGAUUUUGACAAAGUUCUAGCAAAACAGAAACCUACUGUUAGCAAAUCAGAUCUUGAAGUGCAUGACAGAUUCACAAGAGAGUUUGGAGAAGAAGGCUGAUGAUUGAAUUUAAAACACACAGAAAUGUUUAUAUUUUGUGAUUAAAUAUUCAAAUGAUUAAAAAUUGUUUCUUACUUCAAAGAAUGUUGGUUACAUUUCUGACUUUACGUGUAUAUGAUAUUCUUUUUGCAAAUAUAUGACAUUGAUAUUAUUUGAUUCAGUUUA